AUGCUGCGCAACAAUAAGGCAGCUGGAGAGGACGGCACACCCGCUGAAAUCUACAAGUCUUGUGCCGACACUCUGGUGUCUUGGCUCCAUGAGGUGGUUGGACAAGCAUGGAGAGACGAGACCGUUCCUGAUGACUGGGGCUCAGGCAUCCUUAUGUCUGUCCACAAGAAGGGAAACAAGACAAAAUGUGAAAACUACCGCAGCAUAAGCCUCAUCAAUAUUGCUGUUAAGAUUUUCGCUAUUAGCAUUAUUAUUAUUGUUGUUGUUGUUGUUCUGCUUAUCGCCACCGUUGACGCCGCCGGAACCGUUGUUGGUACCACUGCCGCUGGCCGCGCCCUCCGUGCCGGAGAUCUUGAGCAGGUUCCAGUCGAAGACAAUGUCAUGCGUAAAAUGAUGACGCUUGAAGAGAGCGCGCAACAGUCGGCGCAGAUAGGAGUACUCGGGCUUGUCCUCAAAGUGCAGGGAUCGGCAGUAGUUAAGGUAUUCGGCCAUCUCGGCUAA